UGAUAAACUAAUAUGCAAAAAAAAUAUAGAUUUUCUAGAACAAAUAAAAACAGGUAUAAAUUCUAGGAAAAAAUUAUGGCAUUGCAUGUCGCUGACCUCCGAGAGGCAUCAUUACGAUGAUUUAUGUUCUGAUGACUUAAAGGACUUGCAUUCACUGUUUGAUCCAGAUAAAGAUGCAUAUUUUAUGAAUUAUAAUUUCCUUGUAAAUGAGUUGAUAAAGUUGCUUCUACAACCUUCAAAAUAGGGAAUCUGAUAUGACAGAAAGAUAUCAUGCAAAGGUGCUUCUGUUAUACCUGCAUCAUUAUUAUUUAAGCAACAAAUGGGAUAAAUUCGUGAAUUAUCCUGUACAACAGAUUUUAGAAGAAGCAGCAACAAUUUUGGCACAAUGUCAUCAACCAAAAAGAUAUGUGUCUUACAUAUAUGUGAGAAAGUCAUUGGAUAACAUUGCACAGCAAGUAUUUGAAUGCCUUAAAAACGAAUAUCCUACACAUCCAAUAUUAUCAAUAUCAGACGAGCAGUUUUCUUUUUGGAAAGACAAUAAUAUCAAUGACAAUCAUUGGAAAAAUAAAGAAGUAAAACAGAUUUUAGAGAGUCUAUGUGAAGUUUUACAAAAUAAAUUAGGUUUUCAGAAUUGUGGAGAGUCUGCGGCAAGUUUUUCUCUAGAAUACUCCUGUAUAGAUUUUGUUUUAAAAAACAAAUGUGGUACUGGACAACUUCUGGGAAUAAUAUAUCACAGUGUGGCGAGAAGACUUGGUAUACACUGUGAUGUAAAAACCGGACGUAGUGUCUUCGUAUGCUGGAAACCGAAAUAUGGAAAUAUCAAAAGUGAAGAUCAAAAAGGUUUUUAUAUUGACGUCUCGCACUGUGAUUCCAUUCCAAAUAGUAAUAGCAGUUCUAUGUUUAAUACUACAAAAAUGCCUAUAAAAUUGUUAUCAUUUGAUAAUUAUAAAAAUGGCUGUAUAUGUUAUGUUCCGAUAAUACCACGAAUGAGAAAGUAUUCUAAGAUAUCCGUAGGUACGGAUACUAAAGCUAUAAAAACCAAAAGAACAAACGAGAAUGAAAUUGUGAUACGAUUGUCACCGGAAUUAACGUCCUUAAAAAACAAGAUACAAAAAUAUUUAGCGGAAUGUACCUAGAUCACAUAUAUGUACGGCAUCAGAGGAAUUUGUUUAAUCUCAUAGUAAAAUAUGUAGUAAAAUAUGUAGUGAAAUAUGUAGUAAAUAUGUGUACCCAUACAGCACAAAAUAUCCUACAUAUCCUUAGGACAUCUUGGGGAGAUCUCGAUGUCCUCAGAACAUCCUUGGAACACCGAAAUAUCCUCGAUGUCCUGAGGAUAUCCUGAGAAUGUUUUGUGCUGUAUGGGUAAAUAAAGGUAAACGUGUGUAUAACACAUGUGUGUAUACAACGUAAAUUUAUAAGUUUUAUUAUAAGUUUUAUUAAACGUAAAUAAACAAUUAUUAGAACGA